AUGCAAACACGUUCAACAUUAGAUACAAGUUCAAAUAAUUUAUUUACAAAUAUUGAACGAUUAGGUACACGUGAUUUAUUAUUCUAUGGACAACUUUCAUAUGAUACUAUAUUAACAUCAAUCCAAAGCAAUAAUACAUUACCAUUAUCAGUUAAUAGUUUAUUUGAUCACUUAUUUUUUCAUCAUGGUUUUGAUUUAACAUUAUCAUUACAAAUUCUAAUUGAAAUAUAUGUAAUAUUAAUUAAUAGUAUAUUACUUGAACAAAGAACAAAAGAAUAUAAUGAAUUAUAUAUAAAUUUAAUUGAACGUAAUUAUAAAUUAAUAACGAAAACUCAUGCAUAUGCAUCAUGUUUAUUUUUACUUGAAAGUCAUGAAGUUGAUUUAAAUUCAUAUGAUAUUUGGUUAUUAUUAAUGAAAGAUGAUAAUUUAACACAAAAAAUUAUUUCAAUUAGUCUUGAAAGACUUUCAAUAGUUGAACAAACAAUAAUUGGUAGUUCAUCAAUAAUAUCAUCAUCAGAUAAUAUUCUUAUUGAACUUGUUGAAGAAUUAUAUGAACGUACUAAACAAUCAUCAACAUUACCAUAUGAAGCUUUACUUUUAUUACGUCCAUUAACAUUAUUACUUGCACACAUUAGUUCUUUUUUUCGUGCUUUAAUUAAUGCACUUUAUUCAGCUAAAGUUAAUGACUGGACUUUAUUAUCAAUGACAAAUAUUGCACAAAGAUAAUCACUAUGUAUGGCUAUAUGGGAGUUAACUUGUCUUAUGUUAAGUGCAUGUCUAUCACAGGGUGUGGGUGUGGACGAAGACAAGACCUAUAAUGAUAUCCACACCCACACC